AUGGUCACCUGCGGUCAUUCACCAGUAAAAGAGACUGAGAAAACGUUGAGUCCGGCACCUGGCACUGUUGAAUGGGUUGUUGCUCUUCUUCGGAAAGAAGUUCAGAUUUUGAUGAAAGGCGGAAAAGAAGACAAUCCAAUGGUGGUUGAGAAGAUUGAAGCACGUGUCCAACUCUGCCUGUGUUGGGAAAACGACGCAACAAUCAUCUAUGUAACUACGAUACAGCACAGAUCCAUAGGUGUCGGCAUGGGAGUUGCCAUUAUGAUGCAAAACGCCGGUUCUUUUGUUGGUGCUCCUGCUCCUUCUACUGACCUUUCCUCAAUACAUGCUCAGAUCCGACGAGCAAAGGCUGAAGGAAGAACAGUAACUAUGGUAAACGGGGCAUUAUAUUUCGACUACCAAAUUGUUGCAAAAAUCCCUCCACACUUCGACAUCGGUCUGUGA